UUUGUGAGGUAUUCCUAAAGAGUGGGAGCAAAAUUGUAGCGAUGGCUUCUAAUCCAAUCGGAAUGAAGAGAAUAGCCAUGGCGAGUACAUCUUCCGUAGGCAUUUCAGUUCUUCCUCUUUCCCAGCUGAAGCCAAUUACUAUUCAAGUUCCAUGUAAAGAAAGAGUUAUUUCUCAUAGAUUUUCAACAACCAGAAAUCCUUCUUAUUCAGCAAGAGAAUUUCACGGGUUAAUAUCUAAGAAAAUGACAUUUAUAACCCCCAGAUGCAGCAAUUCCUCAACCCCUGAUGGUGUUACUGAUGACUCAUCUACUAAAAGCAAGGUUCCAUUUGGGUAUAGUAGGAAAGAUGUUCUUUUUAUUGGACUUGGAGUAACGUUUUUUGGGAUUGGUCUAAAAAGUGGAUUGGAGUUUUUUGGAGUUGAUCCUUUGCAAGCUGGGAAUGUUGUCCAGUUAGUGUUGGUGUUAGGUCUUACAGUUGGAUGGAUUUCAACUUAUAUUUUUCGGGUCUCAAAUAAAGAAAUGACAUAUGCACAACAGUUACGUGACUAUGAAAUGAAAGUUAUGGAGAAACGGUUGGAGGGUCUAACUGAAGCUGAACUACAAGCCUUGCUUGAACAAGUGGAGGAGGAAAAACGAUUACCAAGAGAAUAAUUAAACCUCAUUUAGCAUGUACACUUUUUUGUAAAUGAUGAUUAUACAACACGAAAACAGAGUAAACAUGUAUAAAUUUUCAGCAGCAAUCAUCCGAUGUAUAUGUUAUGUAGCACAAUGUACAACUCUUUGGAUGAAGGAAUUUAGAUCCCAAGGAUGAAACUUUAUGUA